AAAUAGAGCAGACAUCGGCUUGCAACAUGAAUUACCGGCCAUCAUCUCAAGCCAGCACACCAGCCAUUCCAUUCUAUAUUCACUUCCGGUUUCUUGCGACACAACAGCGACAUAACCAUGACUAUCCACAGCGAUCUCCAAGUUAGCGCCAGGAGCGAGGUGGCCGCCGGGCCUAAGCAGAAGCCCCACCUCGUCGUUUGCGCCGCCGCGGCCUCGGGACACACGCUGCCCAUGGCCCAGAUAGUGGCCGCCCUGGUCAAGCGCGGGUAUACGGUCAGCUUCCUCACUAGCAAAGAGUUUGCCUCUCAGGUCGAACGCGCUGGCGCCGAGCUGGUUCCGACCCCCGAAAUCGUUAGCGAAGGGGCCUCGGCGGCGGCCAACUCCGCUGUCGAGCGCGAAGGCGCCGCGCCGACCUACACGGCGAUCAUGAAGUACAUCGUGCGCAACAUCUUCCUGAAUACCAUACCGGCGUGCCACGAGGCGCUGAAACGGCACCUGGAGCACCUGGCAGCGACGCAGCCGGGGCGGCAGGUUAUACUGCUGCUCGAGGUGUUUUUCCUGGGCGCCGAGGCGUUCAGGCACGGCGCGCCGCUGCCGCGCGGGUACGACCGCAUGCCGCGCAGCGUCGGGUUCAGCAUCGCGCCGAUGCUCAUCCACUCGAUUGACACGGCGCCCAUCGGGCCGGGCCUGCCGCCCGACUCGACGCCUUCGGGCCGGCUCCGCAACGCGCUGCUUAACAAAAUGUACGAGGAAAAGUUCGCCGACCUAAUGGAGGAGCGCGCGCAGUUGCUGCGGGGUUUGGGCGCGACGCGCGACCCUAAGGGCUGGAUCCUUAACGAUUGGAUGACGGCGGCCGACGUGACGCUGCAGACGUGCUCGCCCUCUAUUGAGUACGAGCGGUCGGACCUGGCGCCGUCGAUCCGCUUUAUCGGGGCGCUGCCGGCGCGGCCCGUGCCGGCGGAUUUGGAGUACCCAGCGUGGUGGCCGGAACUGAACGGUAAAAAGGUGGUGGCGGUGGCGCAGGGCACGGUGUCGACGUCCCCACACGAGCUGCUUGCGCCGACGCUGCGGGGACUGGCGGGGCGCGAGGACCUGUUUGUGGUGGCGCUGCUGGGGAUCAAGGGUGCGUCGCUGCCGGCCGACAUUAAGGUCCCGGCCAACGCGCGCGUGCUGGACUACUUCCCGUACCAGGCGCUGCUGGCGCGGGCCGACGUUUUCGUGCACAAUGCGGGUUACGGCGGCGUGCAGCAAAGCAUUAUGGCUGGCGUUCCGCUCGUCGCCGCCGGCCAGAACGAGGACAAGGCGGAAAUGUCGAUGCGGAUCCAAUGCGCCGGCGUCGGCUAUAACCUGGCCACAUCGACGCCUACGCCCGAGCAGGUGCGCGACGGCGUCGACGAGGUGCUAACCAACCCGGCCUACCGCCAGCGCGUGCUUGCCAUGAAGAAGGAGAACGAGGACCUGGAUGCGCUGGCCAGGAUCGAGGCGCAAAUUGUCGAGUUUACGGAAUAGAAAAGGUUUUAGGUUGGAGGAAGUAGAUUGCAUGCAGGCAAACGGAGGAGGGGAAUAAACAUGGAAACUUAAGUUGGAAAAUUAUUUGUAACGGAAAUAUGUUAUCUUUUGCUCCGCUAAAUUAAGCCUUGCUGUUAUGCCCCUUACUGUUAUGCCCCUCGCAGUUCGAGUCGAACUGAUUGAGGCGGCCAAUCAGGAGCGGCCGGUGGGGACGGGCGCACGGAC